CCCUGGCCCAGCAUCUCAGGGCUGCUCUGCUCAAGAGCCUUUGAGCGCACCCCAAAUCCCUGCUUGGCUGUGCUGGGCUUGGGCACUGUCGUUCUGCUUGGAUGCUCCUCGUCAGGCCUUAGCAAAGAUGGGCUGAAUGGGAAGGGAAAGUUGCUCCCUGCAGUUUGCUUUCUCAGCCAGCUGUCCGUGAACAGCACGGGAUUGCUGUCCCAGGCCAGGGAACAGGGAACAAACUGGGAACAGACAGGGAACAGGAACAGGCUGUGCCUGCAGGAAGGAGCCCCGCGGUCCCACUGCCCUGAGCCACUCCUGCUGCUGCUGCUGCUGCUGCGGGGAUGCUGUCAGCCACGGGCACAGAGCUGCCUGCAGGACAGGCAGCAAGGGCUUUGGGAUCACCCAGUUCCAAAGGGUAACAUCCACUCCAGCUCCCUCUCAGGUGCUGGGGUCACCUUUGGGAUCAGUUUUGCUCAUGGUCUGAACUCUGACUUGGUGCAUCCCUGGUGAUCGAAUCCAGGAUGGUUUUCUUUGGCUUGAAAGCAGAGCUGAAACCACAGAGUUUGUGCAGUAGUCUCCAAAAAUCACCUUCAGUGUGCUGGCAUGCCUGUGUCAUUGUCUAUCCAGGGAUCAGGAGGAAUAUCACAAACGCAGCCAGGGCAGGGUUGUGAUCUCUGUGCCAAUGGGAGAAACUGAGGCCAGUGAUUUACCCAAGGUCCACAACGAGGCCUUGGCACACCUGGGAAAGGUGUAAGAAGCACCUGGAUCCUAAACCUCUUUAGUCCAAGACCUGUUUGCCAGCUCUGUCAGCAGCCCCUGUGUUUCCCAGGGCUCCCCAGAGGAUCUGAUUUAAGGCAUGUGGACAACAGCAUUACCUAAUUCUGCUCUUUUAUACCCAGGCCUCUGUGAGAGUAAGACUAGGCUGGCAUGCUUGAGUUUAAAUUAUUUUUUUUAAGCAGAGAUUUUAAGAUUUAGUAUUUUUGGGGUUCAAAGGUGAACAGGCCUGCAUGAAUAAUUUCUGAUUCCAUUUGCUGCUGCUAGUACUGUUUUGCCAAAAGCAGCUUUUAAUGGCAAGUCAACCCCAUUAGUCUUGAAGGGUCUGUGAUAUGUGUAGAGAUAUGAAAAUUCCCAGGAAAGGGUAUUUCAAGUGCUGUAGUAACCUUCUCUAACUUUGUGUUAUUUUAAUGGAACUUUGCUUGCCUAUGCACCAUUUCUCUAGGAAUGUAAAAAUCCAACAACCAUCACAAAAGCCAUUCACAUUAGCAGCCUCCUUGUGAAUUUUAAUUAACAGGAAAUGCCACUCAUUGAAAUUCAACAUCCAGAAUAUCUCUGCUUUACUCCUUUGAUGUUCCCCAUCAAGUCCUGGACUAACAUCCAUAUGUUCUCCUGAGACACUCAGAAGAAAAUAAUUUUGGUUUAUUUGUAGUAGGAAAGCAUUUCAUCGUUGUCUUUUAUCCCAGAAGCAUUCAAGUUGCUUUACAAACUGUUCACAUGGAGGAGCUGCUCUGUGGGUCCUUACAGCAGGGAGUGAUUCCAAAGCUGUGCUCAUCAGUUUGCACUCAGCAGCAAUGCUGGAAUUUCAGGAGAGGCAGGGAAAGAGUGGUGAAACAAAUGGAAGUCCAGCAGGAUAGGGAAUUCAGCUACUGCAGGUCAGACAGCUUUGUUUCCCUUAUCACAUUUAUCCCUUAUAAAGGAUAGUGCUGGGAUUUUCCUAUAUUUCUACAGUAGUUACCUAAGAAGACAUGAUCUGGCUCUCUGUUACUGUAAGCUGCUCAUUUGCAAGUGAUUUUAACAAACAAAGAACCACCCCUAAUUAAUUAACCUUUCCUACGCCCUCAAUUUCUCAAAUGGGCAGAAUAAUGUGAUCAACAGAUGAUACUGCCAUGGAGAAUUAUCUUCAGACUUAAAUAAUUCUAUUUUAGCCCUUCAUUCAUCUUCUUUCUCAAGCUGUAUAGUUCCUUUACCCCACCCUCUGCCUGGGGUACAGCAUUGCACCCCUCCCAUCCCUGUCACCAUGACAAGGUGACACUGUCACCACAGAUUGAACCUGCAGAUAUCUUGGCACAGGCCCACCCCAGUCUGCACUCAGAACUGAGUUGAAAACUUCUGUCCUGGUGGGUACAAGCUCAGUGCUCAUCCUUUAUCCAGGUAAAUCCAGGCUCUGCUUCCUGGCAAUGACACCAAAGGAAUCCUCUGCUGUCUCACAAUUCCAGCAAGCUGCUCACAGGCAUGUGGGGCUCGGGCUCCUAAACCUAGUGCUAAAAGGUCAAAAUUGGUGAUAUAAAAUUUUAGAGCUUGGGCUCUACAGAGACUGGAGCUUGUCAAGAAAGCAAAUUCCUUUUAUAUCAUCUGGAAAUGACACAAGGUGGGAAAAGGCACCUUGGAGCAUCCCAGGAGGACACAGCAUCGCUCCUUAUCUUAGAACUCUCCCAACCACAGAGUGGUUUUUUGCAGAACCAAAAUGAUCCCAGCCUCAGGGUCCUUGGGCAGAGUGUGACCACAAGAUGUCACAGUUGCUUUGCUGCAAUGCGUGGUCCUGCCUUUCCAUGUCCCAGUCCUGCCCCUUUCCCACUCCCAGCCUUCAACCCCAGGUAUCCCUAUGAACACACACGCUGGUACUUGGGGGUUUUGCUGCUGUGUUUUUUUGUUGGAGUGUUUUUUUUGGCAAAACAAGCUUCUUCAUUGUAUUCUGGGCAAGGUUAGGCAUUUAGGUUUCUAGCUCAUAUACAGGUCAUUCAUGGUAUAUAAAAUCAAAGUUUCCCCAGGUUUAUGCCCUUGCUGUAGGUCCAGCUGGCAGACAACUAUUUUGAGUAGAGCCAGAGGAAAAAAUCAAAGUAUAGGUGCAAACAAGCACUUCUUGGUGCUGCCAGAGUUUCUGCUCAGUGUCUCCCCAGACCUCAGGUGCCUUUGCCAGACGGUGUAGCAAGCUCAGAAAACACCACAACGUUGUGGACUUGAGAGGGUUUUGUUCUUUAUAGCCUAUUCUAAAUGUAUUUCUUUUUCUGCCCCAGAAAGCUGCUUGCAUGGCCUGGAUGGGGUCCCAGGGGCUGGUGCUAAUACCAGUUCACUCUGAAGCAGAGCAAAAAAGGAGUUUAGUUGUAGAAGAAGCUGAUGAGCCUUGCAGGAUCCAGCUAUGGAUCUUUUGGGGUUAGUCUCUUCGAGUGUGCACAUUGAAUUAAAGACCUAAUUCAUGGCCUGAGCAAGCAAUUGCUAUGGAUGCUCCAAACAAACAGCACUUUCUUUCCUGCCCGCCUGGCUGGUGCCUCUGCCCGGCUGGAGCCAGGCAGAGUUUCUCAUCUGGCCCCUGUGCUCCAGGGCACCAGGAGGAAAGCUUUGCUCCACCAGCCACACAGGAAAAAUGAAACCCUCAGCUGUGAAGUGGAGCUGUUGAGCAGAGCAGAGAGGGCACAAGGGCAGAGGUUUGCUCUGCCUGCUGUGCUCCUCAUUCCCUGCCCUCCCAUUCCUGCCGCUGCCGUGGGAUCCAGCCACGGUGCUGCUGUCCCACCUUUCUCUGGAGGGCAGAGCCCCACGUGCUUUGUCCCCAGGGGGGGCUGGGACAGGGCUGACCUUGAGCCCUUUGCCCUUUCCCACCCAGGGGAGCAUGAGAACAUCCCGGGGGCCGGCGGUUCCCGGCUGGCUUGGCUGGGACAGCGCGUCCCACAGGGGAUGGGCUCCGGGGCAGCUGGGGGAGCUCUGUCGCCUCUGCCCACAAAUGGUGGCUUAGCAUGAGGGAGUCUGGCCAAGGGGCAGGGGAGGCUCCUGUGACCCCUGAGCUCAUAAAUGAGGAGCAAACACUGUGGUUUUUCCUCAUCUCCAGGUGAGCAGGUUUGAUGGCUGGAGCUCUGCUGGGCACAUCCUGGGCCUGGCAGGUUGGUCCCUUGGGGACUGCACAACCUGGCCUGUGACAGUGUUCACAGGGGGCUUAUGUUGAGGGAAGAGAGGGAGAUCUGACUUCAUGUUUCAGAAGGCUUGAUUUAUUAUUUUAUGACAUAUAUUACAUUAAAACUAUACUAAAAGAAUAGAAGAAAAAGUUUCAUCAGAAAACUGGCUAAGCUAAGAAUAGAAAGAAUGAUAACAAAAGUUUGUGGCUCAGACAGAGAGCCCGAGCCAGCUGACUGUGAUUGGCCAUUAAUUACAAACAAACACAUGAGACCAAUGACAGAUGCACCUGUUGCAUUCCACAGCAGCAGAUAACCAUUGUUUACAUUUUGUUCCUGAGGUCUCUCAGCUUGCCAGGAGGAAAAAUCCUAAGGAAAUGAUUUUUCAUGAAAAGAUGUCUGCGACACUGGCCUGCACAUCUGGGAGCUUCUCAACAGUUUGGGGAUCCUGACUGUGGCUGGGUUUCUCUGCAGUGGAUUUGCUGGCUAUCAGGAAUUCAGAAAGGUUCAAGAUUAAAACUUUCUCUGCUAGGACUGUGAAAUGAGCCUUGAAGCCGUUUGUGAACCCCACACACAGUUUCAGCAGGGAGCAGCAGCCUGUCAGAACAGAUGAGCAGUUGCCAACUGGGUUGCUGGAUCCUGUUGUGCCUUUUGUGCCCAUAUAGGGCAUAGAUAUAGAAUAUCUGAAAGAGGAAAAGGUCCCUUCCACCCUGAGAGAGAUGCCAGCCCUGCUCACUGCUUGCUGGUGGGCAGUGGGAGGAGUAGUCAUCUGAUUUCCCCAUAUGGAAUGAUGACACCCUAGGUUCCAGGAUCCUUGUUCCAUCUUUGUCAGCCUGUGUGUCAUUGUCUCUUUUUUUUUUUUUUUUUCACCUAUGUGUCAUUAAAAUAAGCCUUCUCUGCAAUAAGGGUGAGACUAGAAAAAGUGUGAAGCCCGAGCAGUGCUGUGCAUCCUGGCACUGUUGUGUAGUGCUGUUAUUCCCCAGGCUUCAUCACCAGGUUUUGCACACUUCAGAGAUUGCUGAUCUGAAUUGCCUUAAAACACCCUGGGUUUUGAGUCCUGGUUCUCUGGUGCUGCCUUGGUUUCCUACCCUGCCUCUCCCCACAGCCACAUCGGGAUCCUCUCUCAGAGCAGCAAGGCACUGGAACAUGGAGAGUCCUUGGGCAAGUCUGGGGCACCUCACUGCCACUGGGAUGAGAGCCCGUGUUUACUGUGAAGACUUUCUGUUCCCAAAGGUGCACAGAACUAUGGCGGAGCUGUGGGGGAUUUACUCCAAACCUGUCCCAGCAGACAGCAGAGAGCUAUGGACCUUGUUCCUGCAGUGCUCCUGCAUUACAGCAGUGAUAGGAGGCCUCUUUUACAACUGGAUGUUUGCUUCCCUGGAGUACUCCUGGCACCUCUCCGUUGCCAUGGCCAUCUCCCUCAGCCUGCUGCUUCUCCUGACUCUCUUUCUGGUGCAUCCUGCCCGUUGUGUCUUCACCAUGAUCAUGCCCACCUUAGGGACCAAGCAGGGCCGGAAGCUUCUCUUCUCCACCUGCAUCAUGAUUGCAGUGGUGAACAUAACGCCCAACAUCAUAAGCAACAUGAAAACCAUACUGCAGGUCAUUCAGUGCAUCUGCAAGAACUCCUCUGACAGCCUUCUGAACUCAACUACUCUGCUACAGAAAGUUUCCUGGGAGUUUGCAGAUGCAGUCCAAGAAGCCACUCAUCCCAUUUAUAAGCCUAUGAAUGGACAUGUUCGCUUUUCAUUGUUGCAGAACAGCCCCUUGAUUUACCAAAAAAUGCACCUUGCUGGUGAGAAAAUUAGCAGAGAGUUCUUGUCUGUUGAGGUACUGGUCAAAGACUCAGUACGAGCAGCCAACAGACUGGCUGCUGGGUUCCUCAUGCUCUAUCUCUGCUUUGAGUCCACCUGGUAUUUGAAAAAUUAUCUCACCAACAUUCGCUUUGACAAUUUUUACAUCACCAAGAAGCUGGAACGUUUAGCCAUGGACAGAAGAGCAGCUCAUCUCCUGGUGGGCUCAUCAAACAAACUCAUCAGACCAACAGGCUUGAAGCUGACCAGGGAAGAGGUGGUGCUGUGCCUCGUGCAGGCCAUGCUGGUCACCGUGGCCCUGAUGCUGAUGCUGGUGCUGGUGGCCAUGGACCACUUUGCCUUCAGCGUGGCAGACACGGCGGUGAGAAAGGCAGCGCAGUUCUCUGUGGUGCCUGUCACUCUCAGCAUCAAAUACAAGGCUGAAAUGGGAAUCGUGCCCUUUCUAUACAAACUUUUCUGGCGUCCUCCUGAGGCCUUGCUGCUCAGGGACUUCAACAAGACCUACCACCACCAGCUGAUCUUCAGCUCUGCCCAGUGCAGGAUCAGCCCCCCCGGGCCCCCCAGCCCCUCAGUGCUGCUGGUUGUGGGGCUGCUCUUCUGCGUCCUCUAUGGCUCCGCGCUGCUGGAGCCCUUCGCGCGCCGUCUGUGCCGCGGCAUCGCCGCCUCCUUCUUCCCGGGCCGCGAGGACCAGAGAGUGCUGCACCUCUACGGGAAGCUGGCCAGGAGGCAGGGCGGGGAGCAGAGCCCUGCCAAGGGUGCCCGGGGAAGCCAGGGGGAUGGCUGCAUGGCUGGCACCACAGCACGGGCUCCGGCCGCGGGAUCGCGCGUCUCGCUUUCCGGAGUUCGGGAAGCGUUCGGAGCUUGGGAAAAAAUACUAAAAAAAAAACCAACAAAGCCUUAAAAAAUCCCAACCCUAAAAAAGAAAAAAAAAAAAAAAAGAAAUGUCACAUUUUUGCAUUAAUUUGAGGAAAAUGGGCUACAUUUCCAUUUUAAUAUCUAUAAGAAGGUCUGAAGGGAGCUGUUGCAUAUCCGCAGCACUAGGCAAGGCUAACUGAGAAACAGAUGGGAGUUGGGGUCAGGGAGGAGCUCAUUUACCUUCUCUACCACAUCUGUGCUGGAAGAAAUACAUACUUCCUUUCUUUCUUAAGUUAUACCUCCAGGGAAAGUCAUUUGACUUGAUUAAUUUAAUUUUCAAUGACUUUUUCUUUCAGGUUUUGUGCACAGAAACCUGGGUACACUAGAUAGAUUUCGUAGUUUAUUCACCAAAGAAAGUGUCAUUCCAACCUGCUGAAGUAAAUUCAAGAUCAAUAUGACCAUAAGAGGCUCAUACUGGGCAUGGGUGGUGGAAAUCAGCACAGGAUGGCUUUACAAAAUCUCUUAAAAAUGGCUGUUCAAAAUAAAAUAGAAAUAAAAUAGCUGCAGGACCUCAGAAGAGAAUGAGAACAGUCAAUAAAGGUCAAUGGGUGUUGAUCUCUUUUCCCAAGUAAGAAGUGAUAGGAUGAGAGGAAACAGCCUCAAGUUGUGCCAGGAGAGAUUUAGAUUUCAUAUUAGGAAAAAAAUUC